GCUGACCGGUACCAGCGGCUGAAGGACGAGGUGGUUCGGGCCCAGGUGCAGCUGCAGCUCUUCAAGCUCUUCCACAACGAGGCCGAGAUCGAGAAGCUCAACAAGGAACUGGGCACCAAGAACAGGGAGAUCGACAAGGACAAGAAGAGGAUGGACCGGGUGGAGGACGAGCUCAAGGACCGCAAGAAGGAGCUGGGCAAGAUGAUGAGGGAGCAGCAGCAGAUCGAGAAGGAGAUCAAGGAGAAGGACUCGGAGCUGAACCAGAAGAGGCCCCAGUACAUCAAGGCCAAGGAAAACACGUCCCACAAGAUCAAGAAGCUGGAGGCGGCCCGGAAGUCCCUGCAGAACGCCCAGAAACAGUACAAGAAGCGCAAGGCGGACAUGGACGAGCUGGAGAAGGAGAUGGUGUCCCCCUCUGGGAUUUUAUUUACGUCCAUCCCAUUGGGAUUUACGCCCAUCCCUUUGGGAUUUGGGCUGCCCCAUUGGGAUUUGGGCUGCUCCAUUGGGAUUUGGGUCCAUCCCUUUGGGAUUUGGGCUGCUCCAUUGGGAUUUGGGUCCAUCCCUUUGGGAUUUGGGCUGCUCCAUUGGGAUUUGGGCUCAUCCCUUUAG